CAAGGUUGCCAUAUUAUACCCCAGAUAAUGAGGAAGUCUACCUACGGCGUGUCCCGAGGGACAAACUACCCACUGUGCUUUUCAGACUUUAUCUUGAGCCCUCAUCGGAAAAACACUUGACACAUACUAUUAUAUUUCUGGCACAAUGGACGUGUCUUACAAUUUUGCAAAAUAUGCAAAUCAAGCCCGAGAGGCGGAUGAGUUGAAGAUUGAAAUGAGGAAGAAGAGCCUUCUCAUCUUAAUUCACCAACAUCUGAUGAGUCAAGGCUAUGUGACCACAGCGAUGGCCUUGGACCAGGAGAUGAAUGGAAGUGUGAAGAAGUUUGAGGUUUGUGAAAAUGUCGAUUUGGAGAUGGUGUUGAUGGAAUACGAGAGCUAUCACUACGUCAAGUUCCAGAAAUAUCCCAAACUUGUCAAGAAAGUCGUAGAACCAGGUGAAAGCAGAAUUUUAAAAAGUGGUGGAAAAAAGAGGCCUGCUUGUUCUGUCGUGAAGCCUCUCCCCAAAAUCCUGCCCCAAAACCUUGCUGGCGAAGUGAGAGGGAACGCUUCCGCUCCUGCACACACAAAUGGUGAUGGUUUAUCUUGUCCUGCAGAAUUGACAGACUUCGUUCUCAAUGUUUCUCCUAUCGGUUCUGCACAAGCUGGAGGGGCAACCACGACCAAGAAGGGCCAAACGGGAGGCAAAGGAGACGGUGAACAUGAGGAGCGUCUUCUGAAGCCCCUCAGUGGUUUUUCAGGAAUGAGCGGUGAGAUGAAAGAAUUCGCCACAAUCAUUCAUAAGGACAUCUAUUUGCACAACCCCAACGUGAAAUGGGAGGACAUCAUUGGCCUGGAGGAUGCGAAGCGAUUAGUCAAGGAGGCCAUCGUCUAUCCCAUUAAGUAUCCCCAGCUCUUUAAAGGACUCCUUUCUCCAUGGAAAGGAUUGUUACUUUACGGACCGCCUGGUACGGGUAAGACCCUGCUGGCCAAGGCGGUGGCUACUGAAUGCAAGACAACCUUCUUCAACAUAUCGGCAUCGAGCUUGGUGAGCAAGUGGAGAGGAGACUCAGAAAAACUGGUCAGGGUUCUGUUUGAGCUAGCCCGGUAUCACGCACCCUCCACCAUCUUCUUGGAUGAGGUGGAAUCAAUGAUGAGCCAGAGAGGAAGCAACAUAGUAGGUGAGCAUGAGGGCAGUCGAAGGUUGAAGGCGGAGUUGCUCGUCCAGAUGGAUGGACUGGCGAGAUCAGAGGACCUGGUUUUUGUACUGGCAGCCUCCAAUCUGCCUUGGGAACUGGACCACGGCAUGCUAAGAAGACUAGAGAAGAGGAUUUUGGUUGGUCUUCCUCCCGAACCGGCCCGCCAAGACAUGAUCGCUCAUUGGCUGCCUCCUGUCAGCUCCACGGGAGAGCUGCAGCUAAAAGCUGAGCUCAAUUAUCCACUUCUGGCCCAGGAGAUGAAGGGCUACUCUGGCUCUGACAUCAGACUGGUGUGUAAGGAGGCCGCAAUGAGACAAGUCCGCAAAAUCUUUGAGGCUCUGGAAUCAAAUCGGACCGGGGACACGCGCAUGCCAGCCAUCCGACUGGAAACCGUGACAACGCAGGACUUCCUGGAAGUCUUGGCACACACCAAGCCGUCGGUCAGCGGCGUGAUGGAGAAACAUACGGCUUGGGAGAAAGACUUUGAAUCCGUCUGAUCGACCGCUUUCCAUUCACUUGUAGUUGCUGGAAUAUUUUAAGUUUAAGUUAUCCUUUAUUUGUCCCACACUGGGGAAAUUUACCGCCUCCAGCAGCAAGAAUGUAGAUAGAAAGAAGAAAAAAGAAAAAAAACAACAAAUACCGUUCAAUUAAGUGCAAUAUAAACACAAAAUGGAUAAAUUGCAGUGCUAUUUACAAUUGUCUUUCACAUUUUAAUCAUUAUUA